AACCCCUGCCUGCAUUCUGCCGGUAGCCGUACCGUACCCCCUUUGUUUACAUUGUGUCGCACGCGUCGCUGUCUUAGCCUAGGACUUCGCGGAGCUGAGAUUCUUUUACCACUCGGUUCUUUACGACUGUGGUUGUCAUCCGCAGCAUGGGGGACUCAGAUUCUGACGAGGAAAUCUGCUGCAACCCUUUCAAUUUGCAUAAGAAAAACAUUACAAAAAACCUGAGGAAAAUUAGUGCUGCUGACGUUCAUAAGAAUCCACAACUUUACAUUGGUUUGUUAUGGUGCGACAACUGUCGGAAAUGGAAAGCCCCUUCUGGAGAUCAACAACCUACCCACUCCAAGAAAGCUUCUGCUGAAUAUCAACAACGUACCCACUCCAAAAAAAACCCUGCUGGAGAUCAACAACCUACCCACUCCAAAAAAGAAGAAACUGUUGAAGUCUGCUCCAAUCCUUAUAAGAGACAUAAGCCCGAUCAACAAGUUUGUGACAACCUAAGGAAAAUUACAGCUGCGAAUGUGGAAAGCAAUCCUAAACUAGUGCUUGGCCAUUUGUGGUGUGACUCUUGUAGGAAAUACAAGCCAGUUAAAGUCACAGGAGACAUUGGGGGGCCCAGUACCAGUCACAGUAAGGAUGAAAGCACACCAGAAAGUCUCAUUAAAGGAUUAGACUGCAGCUCCAUUGAGAUUCCGAAGAGAACGAGAAGCUCCUCUGUAAUUCCAAAACCUGAAAGCAAUGAAGGUAUGUUUCAUAACCAAGCCUCUCCCAGAUUAUAACAAAGCGUCUUUCUUUUUUCAUAAAAAAAAUGUGAAGCUUUGCGGAAAAUCAAAGAAGUUGAUGUGGAACGGGUUCCAAUUCUCACAGUUGGACAAU